AUGGCGUGUCUGGAUCUGGAGAUUUCUGGAGUGGAUGGCUCAAUUCUGUGCCUCAGUGUGCCGGAGACGCUCUUCGGCAGCGAGUUGCUGCGGAUGGUCCGCAAUCAGCGGCCCAAGCGAGGGGCAGGGCUCUCCUUGCUCUGGCAGGACUUGCCGCUUGCGCUGGAGAAGACGCUACAGGAGCAAGGCCUGCACACGUGCCCGAGCCUCUCCUUCAUCUUCACGAGGACCAACUUGUGUCGCGCCUGGAAAGCGCUGUUGCGCAACAAGGACCACGAGGAGGCGUUGCAGGGGAUACACAGCAUGAGCUACAACGGCCAGAAGCAGGAGCUUUGGUUCCCCAGCAGCCUGGAAUCGCUGAGCUUUGGCCCUGACUUCAACCAGAGGACCACCAGCCUCAGGUUCGCAGGUGGCCUAAAGGACCUGAGCUUCGGCACUGCUUUCAACAUGCCUCUGGAAAAUAUCCCGCCUCAGCUGCAGAGCCUCAGCCUUGGCUUUCGUUUCAACCAGCCUUUGCAGUGCGUCUCAUUGUUGCAGCUGGAGAGCCUCAGUCUUGGUCAUGACUUCAACCAGAGCUUGGCGGGCCUCGUGCUGCCUAAGUUGAAGAGCUUGCGCUUCGGGGCCUUCUUCAACCAGCCCCUCGAGGGUUUGAUCGCGCCAUGCCUGGAGCACCUGGCCUUCGGGGAGGAGUUCGACCAGAGCUUGGAGCAGGCGGCCCUUCCGGACACUCUCCUGAGCUUGGUCUUCGGAGAGAGGUACAACCAGAGUUUGGACAAGGUGAAGCUGCCCUACCUGCAGAGCCUGGCCUUUGGGGAUGGCUUCCAACAGAGCCUACAGGCUGACCUCCCCUCGCUGCAAGAGCUGAGCUUCGGACACAAGUUCAACGCGGCCUUGGAGCCGCUGCCGAGGCUGCAAGCCUUGACUCUGGGAUAUGGUUUCAACCAGAGCCUGGCGUCAGUGGAGCUGGAUGGACUUCAACGACUGGUCCUGGGCCACGAGUUCAAUCAGAGUCUGCCGCCACUGGGCGCCUUGCAACACCUGGUUUGCGGUUACAAGUUCAACCAGAGCUUCGUGCAAUACUCGAAUCUUGAGAGCCUCACCAUUGGGGGCGGAUUCAAGCAACGAUUGCAGCUCCCCUCAAGCCUGAAGAUUCUGACCAUCGAGUUUCAGGCGCACGAAGAUUUGCCUCGGCUGGUUCUGCCGGACGGCCUUGAAUGCUUGACCUUUGGUCGCGACUUCCGGCAGAGUUUGGAUGGGCUUCAGAUGCCCUCGGGCCUUCAGACGUUGACACUGGGAGAUCUCUUCAACCGCAGCCUGCAGCAGACGAGGCUGCCGAGCGGUCUGAAGACUUUGAGUUUCGGCAGCAGCUUCAACCAGAGCUUGGACUUGGUGACUUUGCCAGCUGGCCUUCAGAGUCUGAGCUUGGGGCACAAGUUCAACCAUCCCUUGGAAGGCGUGCGGUGGCCGAAUUUGCUCAGCCUGAGCUUUGGGCAGUCUUUCAACCAAGCCUUGGAGCAGGUGAUGUUCCCCAGCACCUUGCAGAACCUCAGAUUUGGCAGGAGCUUCACCCAGAGUUUGGAGCGUGUUGUGCUGCCCAGCGGACUGCAGAGCUUGAGCUUCGGGGACAAUUACGCCCGAGCUCUGGACAGGGUACAACUGCCGCCUUUGCAAAGCUUGAGCCUGGGAGACAUGUGGAACCAUCCUUUGACCCGAGUCGGGCUCCUGUCCGUGGAGUCUCUGCGCCUGGGCAAGAACUUCGACCGCCCCCUACCCGAAGAAGCACUACCAAACCUGCGAACCCUGGAGGCACCCAACCUCCGCCAGGCCCUGGAGCUCCCGAGCCUCGAGAGCCUCAGCUGCCAGGGCAUCGCUUUGAAGCUCUAA